AUGACAGGCCCGCUGGGCACAUUUGCCAACCAACGGCAACAAACACCGUCAUCGUCACCCGUCUGGAUGCAGCAGAUCCCGUGUACAAUGGAUGACCCGUUCAUCUCCGACUCCGGCCCAACCGGAGUACUCCCCCAGCAACAACCAUACCAACAACGCGAGUCGCAUCGAUAUUCCCCCUUUGGUUCACAGCUCUUCACUCUCGAUGCAUCCUCACCGUCACAAGUUAAGCGUGCUCUCGAAGCCCAUCUAGCGGAAACCGAACGAAGGUUGGAGGAUGCAUCGAAGCUGGGCACUGCACUCGUGCAGCAGCAAAAGGAACUUUCAGACAAAUUAAAGGAGGUUGAACACCGGCAGGACGAGGGCGAAAUCGGGCCGGAACUACGGAAGAAGUUGGCGGAGUUGGAGAAGGAAUAUAAUGAUAUCGGGCGGGAGACUGCUCGUGUAUCACUGGGACCUAAACCCCGACUUGUUCCUGAUGAGGAUGGGCAGGGCACGCCUCAAUUUGAUGGUCGGCACCCUACCAGUCCCGCCGUACUCUCCAGUCAGGCCACCAACUCGCCUACAAAGAUAAGUGUGCCAUCUAGAAGACAACGGAACCAGCAGUCCAGUCGAGUCCAUGACAUUGAAUUUGCAACGGAGAUAAGCACGUCAUUGCUUGCUCAAGUCCGCCAAUUACAAGGGCUCCUUGUAGAGCGGGAUGAAACUAUAAAGAGCAUCAAUUUGGAGAAGUCUCGGCUAGAACUUGAAGCAGAAGCCUUUACACAGCGUCUACGCGCUCUCGAUGAUAAUGAACAGCGUUAUAAGGACGAGAAUUGGAGGCUUGAGACUCAGACACAGGAACUUCUUGCCGCCGCCAAGGAAGCUGCUGCUAGGGAAGAGAAGUUGAAAGCAAGUCUGAAUGCUGCCAAUGUAGAGAAAACUAAAACCCAGCGAAAGCUUGAUGAGUUGAAACAAGCCAACGAGAAGCUUAUUGAAGAAAAUACGGCUACGCAGAAGACCUAUGAUUCUGAGCUUCACAUUCUUCGAAGAAAUGUACAUGUCGGAGAUGCGGAACGGAGCACUCUCCAGCAAAAGGUCGAAGAACUCACUAACCAAAAUCAAGAGCUGGCCAAGGCUGUCGCUGCCAAACUUCGACAGCAUGAGGCGGAGGCCACCAGGGACGUCGCUCCAGCGAACGAGGAUGAUGUAAUGGAUGAGGCAACCCCGGAAAAUUCACCCCCCCCGUCUCCAAAUAAGGCAACCCCUCGACAUGGGCAUUUGGAAUCAGAGACGCUGAAAAGUUCUCUACACCACGCUCACCGCAUGAUCCAGAACCUGAAGAGCAACAUCCAUCGUGAAAAGACUGAAAAGAUUGAACUCAAGCGCAUGCUCCAGGAGGCCCGAGAUGAGAUUGAACAACGACGUGCAGAGACCACUGCCCCGUCUAGCGCCAACAAGCGUCAGAAGGCUAAGCAAGAUAUAUUCAAGAAGCCUCCCCGACCGGAAAUGCUUGGUGCCAGGCGUGGCUUUGCCGAGAUUGAAAUUGAGGAGCCAGAUUGGGAAGACCAUACUUUUGAAGCAAGCCCCACAAGGAAACCGUCUGGGAGAUUCAACACGUUCCCUUCAUCUCGCCACUCUCGCACUGAAUCUGUUGAUCCAGUCGAUCCAGUCGAUGCAAGUGACGCUUAUCAAACUGCCAACGAAACGGAAGACGCCUUUGAAACUGCGAAUGAGCGGGAUAACGCCACUGAGAGCGACGCCUUCCAGACUGUUGCUGAAAGCUUGGCAGGAGAUACGAGUGAAGGGGAACUUACCGAAACUGAAAGUCGUUCAGGGUCUACGGCAGUCAUCAGAAGCAAAAAGCCGCUUAAGCUAUCUUCCGCAAAACCCGGCGAUCGGACGUCUUACAUGAGCACGGCAUCGACAUCGGAUGAUGAUUUUGACGACAAUGAUUCACGCACUCCCAUUCAGAUGCAGCCUCAACGUUACAGACUGAAGAUGCAUCGUGGUAGACGUGGACGUGCGUCUGGCGAUAUUGGCAUGGCACCAGAGAGUGGCAAUCUGAGCGCGCGAAACUCGCCAGCUACCAGUUUCUCUCAAGGCCACCCUCCAAUCAUCCCAUCUGGACAGAGCUUGUUUGCGGAAUUGGAAGAGCUCAAUGGACCAGACAGCUGUAGCGAUUUUGGCACGCCUCAUCGUUCCACUACAGCAUCUCAAACCUCGACGCCAAAUGUUUCUCGGUUCAUCGACCAACGUCGGCCGUCUGAGGUACCUAGCACGUACUCUGUGACUAGAAUAAUGGUAGAUUCUGGAAUGAUGACAGAACCGUGGGAAGCUUCUCAACCGACAUUUGAUGUUGUAGUUCCGUUGACUCCUGUAGAACCAGAGACAAAUCUCUCCGAUUCAAUUAUCGCCGUCAGGUCCAAGGAUUCAGCGGAAUUCGUUGACUCUGCGACGCAGUACACGCCACAUAAUGAAUCUGCUUCUGGAACCGGUGAUCUCCCAAUUGCCUUUGAUACUCCACCUAAGACAAUAUGGGAUGGACCUAUCGCCGAAAAACACCAUCAGAAGCAACCCGCUGUGGAAGAGCCUUGCUUUUUGGCUAGAUCCCCUCCUUUGGAAUUGUGUAUUUCGCCGAUUGUAUCUGAAGAAACAGCACCCGUCGCGCCUAUUGUUGACAACAUGACACAGGCGCCGCAAUUUAUACCUCAGCUAAAUGUCUCCUCAAUUGUCUACGAGGAAACUCACCCUGUGGCUGUCCCCGCGAAGGCCGUCAUGCCACCCAGACCCUUGGACCUUGUGUUUUCACCAAUCCAAACUGAGACAACGGAACCACUGCAGCCAGCUGUCUCAGAAAUUAUUGAGAAGCCAAGGCAGCAGCUUCAGAUUUCGUCGAUUUUCACGGAGGAAACGAAACCGGCGGAACCUCAACUAUUGGGUGGAGUGGUCACACAACCCAGCCUUUUCCAAAAGAAAGAUAUUAGUGAUACUAAAACCUUGCCCGAAAGACCCAAUACUGCAGUACAUGUCAACGGAGUUGCGGAUCACAACAUUGUCGAUUUCAAAUCCGUAGAUGUCGGUACUGAUCCCAUUUCUCCUAUUUAUCCACCCGCCGACGAAUCCGUUGAGCCGAUCGAUAGCAAAGUGAAGAAAGAUGCUCCAGUGCAAUUUGCCAACAAUAUUAUCAGCCAAAUUGUUCACAGCUCCGUUACACCGCGUUCCGGAUCACCAGUUCCAGACACUGCACUUGCGACUACUGAACAUGCAGCUCAGACAAUACUUACGGCAAUCCAAAUUGAUCAGCUUCUUAUGGAGCGCUCUUCUCAUCAGCAUGUUGCUUCCGUGGGAAACCCAGAGAGUAAACAACUGCAAGAUUCUUCCAUUGCUGAUACCGCUCCCGGUUCUCCUUCCACACCCAAGGCGAGGCCUCUACAUACAGCCCAAAAGGAUACAUCACAGCCUCCCCAAACUGUCCUCAAGCGCCCUGGAAGUGCUAGUAGUCAACGACACGGCUCAAUAACGGUUCAUCCACCGUUACCGUAUGAUCAUAAACAAGCUAUUGCUGCUGCAACCCAACGACUAUCCUCAGAAACUCCCGCCUCUGGGACGAUGGGACCGCCACUAGCCCCCGCUUCUGCCUAUCGCACCAACAUCCAAAUCCGACCCCGCACUCCAAAUGAGCAAGCAUCAAGUAUCAAAAAUGGUGUCACGUCCCGUGUCCAUACUCGACGCAGUAGUCAAAUAUCUCGCCGCUCGUCGAUAUCCUCUUUCGCGUCAGAGCUUGACGUACGGUUCAACAUGGGCAAAUCAGGAUAUCCUUUCGAGUCCGGGACAGAUCCCCGCAUGAUACAAGCUAUCACCCAGACCAUGAUCGGAGAGUUCCUUUGGAAGUACACUCGUAGAACUGGUCGCCCCGAUGUAUCCAGUAAUAAUCGUCACCAACGUUAUUUCUGGGUCCACCCGUACACGCGAACUUUGUACUGGAGCGACCAGGACCCACAAACGGCAGGUAAAUCGCAACAUAAAGCGAAAAGUGUCGCUAUCGAAGCUGUCCGCGUCGUUAAUGACGAUAAUCCAUACCCUCCUGGCUUGCAUUGCAAAAGUCUGGAGAUUGUGACUCCCGGCCGUACUCUGAAGUUCACCGCGUCGACAAGCCAAAGACACGAAACAUGGUACAAUGCACUGUCAUAUCUUCUUCUGAGAACUGCCGGAGAAGAAGAGGCGGCGGAACGAGGCGACAACCUGAACUCUGACGACAUCGAUGAAUUCAAUCCAGCAUACCGAUCAACAUCUCGCACGGGUGGAUCGCGUAUGUCCAUUGCCUCCCGAACCAGUCGGAAUGCACGAACCUACUCGAAACAUUAUCCGGAACCCACGCUAACCAUUCGACGUCCAACAACACCUGGCCGCGUAUCACCUGCUUUAUCCAGUGGUGCCAACUCCACCGCACGGGUCGACCAAGCGCGUCACGGCUCCGUAUCCCGCCUCAGCACGAUGUUUAGAAAUUCAGGCGUGCCAGGGACGUUCUCGAGCCGGCGGAGUAGGUAUGGUCAUACCGCGGGGAGUGUUGAUAGCACUGGCGCUGCAGAGCAGGAUAGUGCGGAAGAUUUAAGACGUGUUAUUGAACAACAGGAGAUAGAAGCGGAUAGGCUAGAAAAUGUGCGGGCGUGUUGCGAUGGUAAACUUUAA